GGUUGGGGGCUCCGCUCCUCGGCGAGAGUCACCGGAGCCCCGGCCACGAAGGGGUGCGACCCCCCACUGGCCCCGCCCUCCCGGCUGAAGCCCGGCCAAUCAGAGCUGCUCUUACUGGCGAGUGGGCCGAGCCGGCCCAGCUGCUCUGAGGCUCUGGCAUGUCGGUUCCCGAUUCUGGUCCCCGGCCCCCAGCAGCGCCUGCCCCCUUCCCACCGGGGCCCCCCAUGAUGCCACCACCCUUCAUGCCCCCUCCAGGGAUCCCGCCUCCUUUUCCUCCAAUGGGGCUCCCUCCCAUGAGUCAGAGGCCACCAGCCAUCCCCCCCGUGCCACCUGGCAUACUGCCCCCAAUGCUUCCACCAAUGGGGGCACCACCACCACUUACACAGAUACCAGGGAUGGUUCCUCCAAUGAUGCCAGGGAUGCUGAUGCCAGCUGUGCCCGUCACUGCAGCGACGGCUCCGGGUGCGGACACCGCCAGCUCUGCUGUGGCUGGGACAGGCCCUCCGAGGGCCUUAUGGAGCGAGCAUGUGGCCCCUGAUGGGCGCAUCUACUACUACAAUGCUGAUGACAAGCAGUCCGUGUGGGAGAAGCCCAGCGUGCUCAAGUCCAAGGCAGAGCUGCUGCUCUCCCAGUGUCCUUGGAAAGAGUACAAAUCAGACACAGGAAAGCCUUACUACUACAACAACCAGAGUCAGGAGUCCCGUUGGACCCGGCCCAAGGACCUGGAUGACCUGGAAGCCCUUGUCAAACAAGAGUCUGCAGGAAAACAGCAGACCCAGCAGCUGCAGACACUACAGCCACAACCACCUCAGCCACAGCCUGACCCUCCACCUAUACCUCCGGGUCCCAUCCCCGUGCCCAUGGCCCUCCUGGAACCUGAGCCAGGUCCAAGUGAAGAUUGUGAUGUGUUGGAAGCUGCCCAGCCCUUGGAGCAAGGGUUCGUGCAGCGGGAGGAGGACCCCAGCAGUUCUACUGGACAGCAUCGGCCACCACAGGAAGAGGAGGAAGCUAAGCCGGAACCAGAGAGAUCUGGCCUCAGUUGGAGCAACCGGGAGAAGGCAAAGCAGGCGUUCAAAGAGCUGCUAAGGGACAAGGCUGUCCCUUCCAAUGCUUCAUGGGAACAGGCUAUGAAGAUGGUAGUCACUGACCCCCGUUACAGUGCCUUGCCCAAGUUGAGCGAGAAGAAGCAGGCAUUUAAUGCUUACAAGGCCCAGCGGGAGAAAGAGGAGAAAGAGGAGGCCCGGCUGAGGGCCAAGGAGGCCAAGCAGACCCUGCAGCAUUUCCUGGAGCAGCAUGAACGCAUGACCUCCACCACCCGCUACCGGCGGGCAGAACAGACCUUUGGAGACUUGGAGGUCUGGGCUGUGGUCCCUGAGAGGGAUCGAAAAGAAGUUUAUGAUGAUGUCCUCUUCUUCCUGGCCAAGAAGGAGAAGGAACAAGCCAAACAGCUUCGGCGCCGAAAUAUCCAGGCCCUGAAGAGCAUCCUGGACGGGAUGAGCAGUGUCAACUUCCAGACCACAUGGUCGCAGGCUCAGCAGUACCUCAUGGACAACCCCAGCUUUGCUCAGGACCAGCAGCUGCAGAACAUGGACAAGGAAGAUGCCCUGAUCUGCUUUGAGGAGCACAUCCGAGCUCUGGAGAGAGAAGAAGAGGAAGAGCGGGAGCGGGCCCGGCUUCGGGAGCGGCGCCAGCAACGCAAGAAUCGGGAGGCCUUUCAGACCUUCCUGGACGAGCUGCAUGAAACAGGGCAGCUACAUUCCAUGUCCACCUGGAUGGAGCUAUACCCAGCAGUCAGCACUGACGUCCGCUUUGCCAACAUGCUGGGCCAGCCGGGCUCUACGCCUCUGGACUUGUUCAAGUUCUAUGUGGAGGAGUUGAAGGCUCGAUUUCAUGACGAGAAGAAGAUCAUAAAGGACAUUCUCAAGGACCGGGGCUUCUGUGUGGAGGUGAACACAGCCUUUGAGGACUUCGCCCACGUCAUAAGCUUUGACAAGAGGGCUGCUGCGCUGGACGCAGGCAACAUCAAGCUGACCUUCAAUAGUCUGCUGGAGAAGGCAGAGGCACGAGAGAGGGAACGGGAAAAGGAGGAGGCCCGAAGGAUGCGGCGCAGAGAAGCUGCCUUUCGAAGCAUGCUGAGGCAGGCCGUGCCUGCUCUGGAGCUGGGCACUGCCUGGGAAGAGGUCCGUGAGCGCUUUGUGUGCGACUCAGCCUUUGAGCAGAUCACCCUGGAGUCGGAGCGGAUCCGGCUCUUCCGAGAGUUCCUGCAGGUGCUGGAGCAGACUGAAUGCCAGCACCUCCACACCAAAGGCCGGAAGCACGGUAGAAAGGGCAAGAAGCACCAUCGCAAGCGCUCUCACUCCCCCUCAGGCUCUGAGUCAGAUGAAGAGGAGCUGCCCCCACCAUCCCUCCGGCCGCCCAAGCGGAGGCGGCGGAACCCCUCAGAGUCUGGCUCUGAGCCCUCAUCCUCAGUUGAUUCAGUUGAAAGUGGGGGUGCUGCCCUUGGAGGACCAGGCUCCCCAUCCUCCCACCUUCUCCUUGGGUCAGAUCAUGGUCUUCGGAAAGCCAAGAAACCAAAAAAGAAAACUAAGAAAAGAAGGCACAAGUCAAACAGUCCUGACAGUGAGACAGACCCCGAGGAGAAAGCUGGCAAGGAGAGUGAAGACAGAGAGCAGGGGCAGGACAAGGACAGGGAGCCCCGGCAGGCAGAGCUCCCUAACCGCUCCCCAGGCUUUGGCAUCAAGAAGGAGAAGACAGGCUGGGACACAUCGGAAAGCGAGCUGAGUGAGGGGGAGCUGGAGAGGCGGAGGCGGACACUCCUACAACAGCUGGACGACCACCAAUGACCCCACGAGCUACUUUCUGCCUUGGGACUUCGUGAGCCGGGGCUCCAGGGUCCUCACCAUCUGCCUCAGACUCCUUCGUCUGUCUGGUCUGUGUCCACUUUUCCUAAAGUAACCCACCCCAACACACUACUGCUAGCGCCUCACAAGGCUGCUCUCGGUGUCGAAGGGUCCCUAGUUCUCAGACAACUAGUGCAGUCCUUGCCCUCAGCCCGACCAGAGGUGGGCAGUCUAUACCACACGGGUGGGGGAUGCCAGUAGACAAAGUGUGAGAAGGGGGUCUCCAGAUGAGCCAGGCUGGUGGCCACCCCCUGGGCGGCAGAGGGCAGUGUCCUCACCCUUUAGCAUCAGUGCCUGCUCUUGCCUGACCUGGCCCUGGGGCUCCAUCAUUGCUUCCUCUAUCCCUGGGACCCGAUGUAUGUGUUCUGUUUUUGUUUUUUAAAUAAUAUUUAUAACAUGAUCUACAACCACUUUGUCCUCUUCAUAUACUACCCACUGGGGACCAGCAGAGGGCACUACUGUCAUGACAUGUUGGACUCAGCCAGGCUUGCCCUACCCUCCAGGCUCAUCACUCUGAAAUGGAGGCACACACUACCCCCUCUCACAUCCUCAUGGCCACCCGAACUGAAAGAAAACAGUCUGCUGCGAAAGACUUUGUUGAGAGGGCUGAGGUUUAUGUACACAGAGAGGAAACGGUACAUGUACAAAAA